AUGGAAAACAGGAAUAAUGUCACUGUGUUCAUUCUUUUGGGGCUGUCUCAAAAUAAGAACACUGAAAUCCUUUGUUUUGUAUUAUUUUUAUUUUGUUACAUUGUUAUUUGGCUGGGAAACUUGCUCAUCAUAAUUUCUGUCACAUGCAGUCAGCUAGUGGACCAACCCAUGUAUUUCCUCCUGAAUUACCUCUCACUCUCAGAUCUUUGCUACACGUCCACCGUGACACCCAAACUGAUGACUGACCUACUGGCAGAGAGGAAGAUCAUUUCUUAUAAUAACUGCAUGGCACAGCUCUUUAUCCUUCACUUUCUUGGUGGCGUAGAGAUCUUCAUACUCACAGGAAUGGCCUAUGACUGCUACGUGGCCAUCUGUAAGCCUCUUCAUUACACCAUCAUCAUGAGCAGACAAAGGUGUAACACUAUCAUCAUAGUCUGCUAUGCUGGGGGAUUUGUACAUUCUGCCAGUCAGUUUCUUCUCACCAUCUUACCAUUCUGUGGCCCCAAUGAGAUAGAUCACUACUUCUGCGAUGUGUAUCCUUUACUCAAAUUGGCUUGUGUUGACACAUACAGAAUAGGUCUCUUGGUGGUUGUUAAUUCAGGUCUGAUUGCUCUGGUGACAUUUGUGAUUUUGAUGAUGUCUUAUUUUCUUAUCCUAUACACCAUAAAGGGUUAUCCUGCAGAAAGCCAGAUCAAAGCUCUUUCCACUUGCAGUUCUCAUAUAACAGUUGUCACUCUUUUCUUUAUUCCUGUUCUCUUUGUUUACAUCAGACCAGCUGUAACGUUUCCAGAAGACAAAGUGUUUGCUCUUAUCUACACCAUCAUUGCUCCCAUGUUCAACCCUCUGAUUUACACAUUAAGAAACUUAGAGAUGAAGAAUACCAUUAAGAAAAUGUGGUACCAAUUGUUUUUGAAAGGAAUAUGA